GAACACUUGAGGUACUCUAUAUCAAAUAUCUAUAUUCUCCUCAAAGCCCAUUAUAUUAUAAUCGAGUUUUCCAACAUCGUUCUUGAUCCUCACCAAUUGCAUGCACUAGAAAAGAAGAUGGCACCCAAUGGAGAGUCUUUGCCUAGCUCUUUCUCUAGGAGCAACAACAUGUCCAAACCUCCAAGGGUUUCAUCUGAUCACAUUCAAAGAACAAUCUCAGACAUCUCGUUUGAGCUAACCAAGGAAGGGAUUGAUUUGACACUUCCACCAAUAACUGAGGUUGAAGAUGUGAAAUGUGAAUGCUGUGGUAUGUGCGAGGAGUGCACGCCUGAGUACAUACAACGUGUACGUGACAAGUUCUUGGGGAAAUGGGUAUGUGGGUUGUGUGCUGAGGCAGUGAAAGAAGAGUUGGAGAAAAAUGGAGGGAAAAAGGAAGAGGCAUUAAGUGCACAUAUGAGUGCAUGUGUUAGGUUCAACAAAUAUGGGAGGGCUUUCCCGGUUUUGUUCCAAGCUGAGGCCAUGAAGGAGAUGCUGAAAAAGAACAAAAUGGAUGGGAGAAGAACCAAAUCUUUCAAUCCAAGGGACAAAGGAGGACAAAAGAAAGGAGGGAUUGCAAGGAGUUCGAGUUGCAUUCCAGCAAUCACAAGAGAGAUGAAUGAUCUCAGAGUGGCCAAUUAAUUUUAUGUUAUUAUUAUUAUUACAUUUAGUUCAAGCUUUAAUUCCUAUGUCAAGGGAACAUGGUCUUGUACCUUUGAUUAUUUACCUGUUCCCAUAAUUUUUUUUUCCUACUGACUAGUGAUUGAUUACUCCAUGUUUGGGGGAUGAACACAGCCCUAUGUUUUUAUGGAGAGAGCCCAAUAGUUACUUUCUCAGUCCGAGGUUUUUCUGGGUUUCUCUUCUCAUCCUAGUUUUUGGAAGUUGGUCUUUUCUAACUUCUUGUCCUCGUUUCUUUCUCAUGUGAGGGUUAUGUUUGUUUGUUUUUGGUCAGUGGCUUUUCUUCCUUAAAUUAUUCCAUGUACUAAUGUAUUCUACUAUUUCCAAUCUUGAAUAAAAU